AUGCGAGUAGCGGUGUCACUCCAAGUGUCGACAGUGUUGCCGGGUGAAGGUGGCAAAGUGGUUACUCGUGGCGUUGGAGGCUCUCGCCACCAUCUACUACAACUAGCGUUCUUCAAGGAAGUCGUCCUCAUCCUCAAACUCACCAUCCAGGUCCCAAACGCCGUAUGUGGCGUCCAUCAUACCCUUGCUACCCUCUCUGGCUACAUGCAGUUCGACAACAUCAUCUCCCUGUUCAGUCAAAUCGACCAAUCCACCUCCUAUUACAAUAAGACCUCUAGAUCCAUAUACAAGUCCUAG